AUGAAUGGAGUUGUCUCUAGUUCUAAUGCCGAUACAGAUCGUCUUGCAUUACUGGCAAUUCAAUCCAAGAUUACAGAGGACCCUCAAGGUGUUUUCAGAUCUUGGAAUGACUCUCUUCCUCUAUGCCAAUGGGAAGGAGUAACAUGCGGUCGACGACACCAAAGAGUCACAACCUUGGAUCUAUCGGGAAAGGGUUUGGUUGGUUCUUUAUCUCCUUAUGUAGGCAAUCUGAGCUUCCUCAGGUACAUGAACUUUAGUAACAACCAACUUCAUGGAAGUAUCCCUCCUGAAAUAGGCCGUUUAUCACGAUUACAAUUGUUAUCCCUUCCCCGAAAUUCACUCACGGGAGAAAUCCCGGUAAACAUAUCAAGUUGCUCAAAACUACAGCACAUUGACUUGUCUACCAAUAUGCUAUCAGGGAAAAUUCCAACGUCUUUUAGUUCUAUGUUGACGAUCAAAAGUUUAAGCUUGGGUGAAAAUAAAUUAACGGGUGGGAUUCCACCAUCCAUUGGCAAUCUCACUUCCCUCCAACAACUCGUUCUUUCCUUAUGUCCGUUAGGAGGAAGCAUUCCAGAAUCCUUCAAUCGGUUGAACAACUUGCAACUAUUAAGCCUUGGAGGAAAUGACCUUGUUGGACCCUUUCCCUUGUUCAUCUUUAACCUUUCCAAGUUAGAACUUCUAAAAUUUCCAGGAAAUCAACUUGUUGGCCGUCUACCCUCGAACUUAUGUUCAAGUCAGCCCCAUCUCCAGACACUAGAAUUCGAGUUCAAUCACUUCAGUGGAAUACUUCCACCCUCGAUAUCAAAUUGUUCAGAGUUGGAAUCGUUUGAUGUUUCUAAUAACGAUUUUGAGGGGGAAAUAGAUAUCGAGUUUGGAAAACUCCAAUAUCUUAGGUGGUUAUCUAUCGGUCUAAAUAAUUUUGAAACCGAGCAUCUUGGUGGCAUGAAGUAUUUUGAUUCAUUGUCCAAUUGCAGCAAUCUGGAAUUAAUGCAAAUUGCGGCAGUCCAAUUAAGAAGGCAGCUACCGAAUUCUUUUGGGAACUUAACCAAACUGAAUUUCCUGGUACUUCCAUCAAGCUAUAUCUCAGGCAGCCUCCCUUCAUCUAUAGGCAAUUUGGUUAGUCUAAGUAUACUUUCUUUAUCGGGAAAUAACUUCACAGGCAUGAUUCCGGAAAAUAUUGGCAUGCUUGGAACCUUGGGAGAACUGCAUCUGGAUAUUAACAGUUUCUCUGGUAUAAUUCCUAGAUCUAUAGGAAACCUGUCAUCUUUAACCAAAAUGUAUUUAGGUGGAAACAAAUUGGAAGGUGCUAUCCCCUCCACUAUCGGGAAAUGCAAAAUCCUGAUACUUCUAUCACUUCGUGAUAAUAACCUCAGAGGAAGUGUACCCAAAGAACUAUUCCAACUGUCUUCACUUUCAAUCAGACUUGAUCUGAGUCGAAACAAUUUGUCUGGAGUGCUUCCACAAGAGAUAAGCAACCUGAAACACUUGGGAUCACUUUAUUUCUCUGACAAUCAUUUAUCCGGUGAACUUCCAAGCAGUAUUAGCAGAUGCAUCAGCCUUGAACUCUUAGAUGUUUCAGGCAAUAGAUUUCAUGGAUCGAUGCCAGUAUCAUUGAGUUCUUUGAGAGCCCUCCAAUAUGUUGAUGUGUCAGGAAAUAACUUUUCUGGGCAUAUUCCAACAUAUUUGCAAGAAAUUCCUUUGAAGUUACUAAAUCUUUCAGAUAAUAAUUUUGAAGGAGAAGUAGCUGUUAAAGGUGUCUUUGCCAAUGCAAGUGCACUUUCAGUCAGUGGGAACCCUAGACUUUGUGGGGGAAUACCUGAGCUUCACCUACCCAUAUGCAGAACUAAAAGAAGUAGAAAGCUCUCUCUUCGUGUUGUUGUGGCGAUUUCAUUAUCAUCCACUGUUGCCGGUCUGGGUCUGGUGUCAUUUGUGUUGUUCUAUUGCUGUAUAAAGAAGAGAAGUAAACCAUCAGAAUCAACAUUGACCGAAUCUUUUAAGAAGAUUUCGUAUGGAAGGCUUUUCAAAGCGACCGCAGGGUUCUCUGCAGCAAAUCUGAUUGGUACAGGCGGUUUUGGUUCAGUUUAUAAAGGAGUUCUUGAUGAAAAUGAUCUGACGGUGGCUAUCAAAGUACUAAACCUCCAACGCCGAGGAGGUUCCAGGAGUUUUAUGGCUGAAUGUGAAGCCUUGAGAAAUAUUCGUCAUCGCAAUCUGGUGAAGGUUAUAACUUCUUGCUCAAGUCUCGAUUUCCAAGGAAAUGAUUUCAAGGCCUUAGUAUACGAUUUCAUGCCAAAUGGGAGUCUGGAGACUUGGUUGCACUCAAGCACGACACUAGACCAUUUGCCUCACGAUCAGUUGCAUCAACUUGAUCUUGUUCAAAGAAUAAGCAUUGCCAAAGAUGUGGCUUAUGCUCUUGAUUAUCCACAUUAUCGUUGUGGAAAUGUUGUUGUUCAUCGUGAUUUGAAGCCAAGCAACAUUUUAUUGGAUGCCGACAUGGUUGCUCAUGUUGGAGAUUUCGGGCUCGCAAAAAUCCUUUCCCUUGAUGAACUUUCUGAUGCAAACAAGAGUAGCUCAAGUCAUGUCAGAGGAACCAUUGGAUAUGCACCACCAGAAUAUGGAGUGGGAAAUGAAGUGUCGCCCAGUGGAGACAUAUAUAGCUACGGGAUCCUAUUGUUAGAGAUGUUGACAGGGAAAAGACCUGUUGAUCCAAUGUUCCGAGAAGGCCUUAGCCUGCAUUCCUAUGCUACAAGUGCCUUGGCUGGUGGUUGUGUGCUUCAGAUUGUGGAUCCAAUGCUUCUACAUGAUGUGAAAGAAAUGUGUUUGAUUUCAUUGCUGAAGAUUGGAGUGCAUUGCUCUUUUGAAUCUCCACAAGAUCGAAUGGAUAUUGGUACCGUUAUCCAUGAGCUCCUUUCAUUAACGGUUACGGCUAGUUCUUCAUUCAUGGAACUUCCGACCUCGACCCAAAAAGCUGGUUUGUGAUUGUGUUAUAAUCUAGAAGAUUGAA